AUGUGGCUAAACUACUGAUCCCAUCGAAAAAUGCUACAGAACUUUUUGCUUCAAUUUUUCGUGGUCUAUCCAACGGUGUACAGGUCUUCAGGGUAUUUUUUAACACCUUGUAUAAUAACAUUAUUGGCCGGUGUAAAUAGUUCAAAGGAUUGCUAUGUUGGUAGCAGCUAAAUCAGUACACCUAAAAAUUGGUAAAUGGCAAGCAAUUUGACAGAUUUAAUUGCUGAUUAUUGAAAGUCAGAACUAUAUGAACAACUAUAAAUUAUUUGAAAGUAAAUCUAAAUCACUGAAAUGGGUUCUGGACAAAGUGCUCGUAAACUGACUAUAAAUAAUGAAGAAAUAGGUGUUAUUGGAAUAUCAGAAUCAGUUGUAGAAAGAUUAACUCAAAAAGCAAAUGAAAAAAAUGAUUUGGGGACUGAAGUAAGAUCUACUACUUAUAAAGCACCAUCUUCUAGCCAAAAUGUAUCUCCACAGUUCUCUCAAAGUGGUGAUACAGCAGUGACUUCUGGAUAUGUCACAUCUUAUCCACAAUUAACAAUAACUGCCCUUAAAAUACAGCAACAGAAAGAACAGGAACUUCGUAACCAAGACCAAUAUUGGCAAAAGCGUUUGGAAAAUUUGCAACACAGGCAUGCAAAAAUUAAUCAUAUUAUAGAUGUAGAAUAUAAAAAAGCUGUAAAUGAAUUACAAAAAAAUGAUAGUAAGAAUUUAAAUAUUCAAGAUACUGUACAACCAUGCAAAAACAGUUCUGAAAAAGUACUCAAAUGUUAUCAAGAUAACCCUAAAGAAAUUUUGAAGUGUUCUGAUCUGGUUGAAGAAUUCUCUUCUUGUGUAGAUGAACGUCGUGCGCGUGUGAUUGCAGCACGUUGUUAAUAUAUUUUAAUAUGUAAUACUGAUAGUGUUCAUUUAAAUUUAAUGUUCUUUAAAAUAAUAAUUUUAGUCAUUGGAAAUAAAUUAUCUAGUACAUAAUAAAA